AUGACGCGGCGAAAAAGUGUGUGUUUAAAGUGGACAUUAGUUUUAUUAGUAGUUUUAGUUUGUCCGUCUGUAUAUACGCGACCUCAGGAAGUGCCUGCUAUCACCGCAAAUAGCGAAAAUGAGGAAAAAACAACCUCAACUCCAAUAAGUUCACGGGGUAUACAAAAUAAAAAACGACCAAAACCAGUAACAAAUAGAAACCAGGAUGACUAUUUCUCACAAAAUCAAAAGAAACCAACAAUAAGAAAAGUAAUCACCAAGUGGAGAGAUAAAACUAAGUUUGAUGAUUUAAUAUUUUCUUCCGAAAUCACAAGUUCACCAGAGCAAACACACAAUGAAAUGAAUCUCAACAACUACAAUAAUGACACAAACAUAGAGGGCUCUGAAGAAAUAAAUUCUAAAAGAUAUAAUAGACCUCCAAGUGAUAUGUAUUACAAUGGUCACAAUAAACCAGGACCUCAAUAUUCACAGGAAAGUCACAUGUAUUCUAAUAAUAUUCAAGUAGUGGACUCUAACUCUCAUCCACAUAUACAAGUAAUUGAGCAUUAUCCACGUCCAACUAGACCUGUUUAUGUCCAUAGUAUUCCUACUCCCACACCAAUUAUUACUAAUGUAGGUUAUCCUAAGCCUUGGACCCAAAAUGUUAGACGGACAACAACGCAAAAACCAAGGCCUAAUUAUGAAUAUCACCACAACGUAAAUCACCAUGGUGGUAAUUAUGAAGUUACGACUUUUGAACCAACAAGUUCUUACACCGAUAGAAUUGUUAUACGACCUGAACAAUAUAGCCCGUAUCCAGAAGAUUGUCCUACUAUAUAUUUAACUUUAAAUAAUACUUUUCAAGGUGAAGGUAAAGAAGCUUGCCCAGACUUAAAUAUAGCAGUUAAUACUAAUGUAGUAAAUAAAAAUGUGGUAAUAGAAUCAGAUGAGGAAGGCGAAGGCUUCUUUCCUGGAUUUGGCUUAGGUUUGGACGAAGAUUCUAUCUUAAAUGGCGGAGACAAUUCUGGCACUGACUCCUCCAAAGAUGAAGAUUAUUCUGAAUCAGAUGAAAACACAGAACAAAACGAUAGUGCAUCUAUUGAAGGAACAGAGUUAGCAAAUUAUCAUUCUGCAAACAGUCCUAUUCAAUCGCAGUCCAGUGAAGCUGGUGGAUUUGGAGCUGCAACUUCUCCGAUAUCUGCAAUAACUAAACCCAGUUCAGGAGGGGAAGACGAUGACAUAUUUAGUUUUUCAUCUUUAAUAGACUUUUUUCGUCCAGCAUUAAAUGCUUUUAGUUGGCUAGUAACCCCCUUAAGUUUAGGGUUAUUUCCCCUUUUGUUAGCUCCUUUAGGUUUACUCUUUGCGGGGACAGGAGUUGCUGCAUUAUUUUCUCCUUGGUUUCUUCCAGUUGGUAGAGAAGCCCCUAAAGUUAUACAGGUUUAUAAACCAGAAUGGCGAUGGGAUGACAAGUUGAAAACAGACACAUCUACGAAGACAGUUUCAUCUGUACCGGAGCAACUUAUUCAACCUGCAUCACCAGCUCCUGAAAGCACUGCUAGAGAUGUGAAAUCAAAAACUCCGAUACGAGAAUCUAUUAAAAUGGUGGCUAUUCAACUUAUGGACAAACCCAAUUCAACAAUAGAAGCACCCAUCAUCUCAGACACUAGAAUGCCACCAAAGCUCAAAACUCAAGUCAAACAUAGAAUAAGGACGAGAAAUGAAGACGAAGAACAAUACGAGAAUGCACAUCCAGGUGAAGCAGUUCCGGUUAGUGUGGAAGAACUUGAUAAUAAUAACAAAGUAAAUGAGGUAAAACAUGAAUCAUCAACGUCUAAUGAAGGCAUUUCAACUUGGCAUUCAUUAAGUAAUGGGCACAAAGAAAACACACCCACUGAACCUACAAAACUCGAGGAAAAAGAAAAGAAAACUAAGCCUGUUAAAAGUAAACCAAAACGACCACAAACAAAUAAAAUAAAUAAGCGCCCCAUCAUUGGUAGCACAAAUAAAGCUGAUUUAGUCGCUGGGGGUUCAGCUAUUAACGAGAACGUUUUAAACAAGUUAAAAGAUACCGUGCUAUCAAGUGUUCAGAAAAACAAAAACACUGUUAAGCCUAGUACAACCACUACCACCACAACGACUACUACUACUACUACUACUGAAGCAACCACAACAAAAAAACAAACUAAACCCAUUGUUACUCCCAGCGUAAACGUAAGUAAUAAAACAAAAAAGAAGAACAAAAAUAAACAGAAAACUACAAGCACUACUUCACCAUUACCCAUGAUUGACGAGUCCGCUCUUUUACCUACUGAAGCAAAAGAACAAGAAAUUGAACUAGAAGUUAGUACACCAGCCACAACAACAAAAAAACCAAAAAGAAAUUCAACUAAAAAGAAAAAUAAAACAAAGAAACGCAAGACAUCAACGCCAAAACCAAGUACUGAUGUUGCUAUUACCGAUGUGAAAAAUUCGAACAAAACAAAAAGCAAUAAAAAUUCUAAAAAACCACCUGUACAAACUGGUGCUAUUACAACCCAAAUUUAUAAUUACUUGUCAAGAGAAGUUAUGCCUUCUGUGGGAGUAGGUAUGUUAGGCUUAGCAAGUUUAGUUGGUAUUGCUGGUUACUUUUUGUAUCCAUUUGCUACUCCAGUACGCAGAACCUUUGAAGUAGACAAGAGUGAUGAUUUAUAUAGAAACAAUGCUGAAGAAUACGCUAAUGAUGGCAAUGGACAAGCAGAGGAAGAAAUGUUGGGGACUGUAUUAGCUGGUAUGCCUGCUCAUGCUAAACAUAAGUUGAACCCAUAUGCUGCUCAAACAACUCAUAUUAAUCGGUAUCCAGUAAAGAAAGAACAAGAUAUUAGAUAUAGGUAUGUUACACCUAGCUAUAAUCCAAAUUACAAAAUGCAUUACGCCCAACAAAAGACAGGAAUAGCACAUGCUGCUGUAUACUCUAAACCUCUUACAUAUGGGCCAUAUGAAACACGUCAUUCUUAUACGACUGAAGGAAAAUACAACUAUGAAAAAGCUAAGCAACCGAAUUAUACUCCUUAUUCCGCAGCUGCUGUAGAGCCAAUAUAUGCAGCAACACAGACUGGGCCUUCGGGAGCAUCAUCAUACGGAAGUGACGCAUCAAAUUCUGUGGUAUAUGGUGUUAAACCAUCAUCCGAAUCAGAUUUUAAACCUGUUUACCCCUUUGAAGGUCAGUUUUUUAGUGAAACGACCAGUAGCUCUGUGACGUAUUCACCAACAUCAAUGUAUUUAGGUUCAAACAAUAAUGCGGAUAAUCAGGAAGAUGUGAAUAAAUAUGAAGAAAAUUCAUAUAACUCAGAGGCGUCAGAUAACCAGUUUGUGGUGGGAAAUGUUCCAAAAGAGCUUUCAGAUUCUGCCACACCCGCAGUAGUACCUGAACAUGGACCAAGAAAAUUAAGAGAAAAACGCAGCGUUACUGGUUCAUUGGAAGAACUUUUGAAUGAGCCUGACUUUGAUAAGGACCCGUUGAUAAGUAAUGAAAUUGAUGAUUUUCACAAUAGUAAGAUUAGUACUUUCGACAAUGUUUUAACGCCUUACACUGAACUAAAAGUCAGUGAAGUACCUGAACCUACAGAUGCUUCAGCAAACGAGGUUUCAAAUUCACCAAACAAUGAUGUUGAAAGCAGUGAAUCUAGUAACGUGAAUACGGAAGAAACUGAGGGAGAUAAAAUAAGUUCUGUUGCCUCAACAGACACAGAAACAACAAAUACAGAUCUAGACGAAUACGUUGAAAAUAUUUCAACUGUACCAAUAAGUAGUGAGACAACAACAGAAGGUGAAUUAUAUGAUGAGCCAGAAAGCACCACUGAGUCUGUCAGUAUUUCUGAAGACCCUUCCACUUCUGCUACUCCUGACGAUAGGCGUAUCAAUUAUUUGAAUACAUCAACAACUGAACAAACCCUGACAUAUCAGACUGAACCUGAUACUGAGACUAAAACGACAUCAGAGGUAAAAGUUGAUACCUUAGGUGUCGUACUAAAUACAUCCCCACCUACAGAACAGCCUAAAGAAGGUACAACCGUGAAAUCUUUAGAUGGACCUGCAGUAGUUGCAACAGAAAGUCCAGAUUUUUCGUUUCCGUCCGCGUCACAGUUCGGAAUUUAUUCAUUACUUCAAAAAAUUGUAGUUUUUAAAUUAAAACUCGGCCUCGGACUUAUUCAAAGUACGGUAGAUGUUUUAAAUAAACUAAAACUUGAUACUACUAGUGUGCUUAAUAAUGUUUAA